AAAUGGCCCGCUGGAUGUCACAUUGGCAAGGAUAGUGUUUCAGGCUUCUAGAUAUGAAAGACGUCGCAUUGCUCACUGAUCUUGAGCUGCGUGAUGAACUUACAAAAUAUAACGUAGAUGUGGGUCCUGUCAGUGGGACGACACGUUCAUUAUAUGAGAAGAAACUCAUGAAGCUGCGUAAGCAGAAUUUACCUGAUGUGUCAUUGACAUCUCAACCAAAGGAAUCUAAGGUUACUUCUAUUUCAAAACGACCGCUGUCAAAAUCACCAUCUAGGACAUCUUCCACACGCAGUUCUACCCUCAACCGUCGGAAGGUUAAUAGAUCUGAAAGUGAGGAUGGUUCAGACUCAGAAGCGGUACCAGAGCUUUCAUCAUACGCCAAAGUGAUAACUUCUACACCCGAACCCUCUCCCGAGGCCACGAAGUACACCCACCCAUAUCCGAAGGGAAGGACUUCGAAUGAUAGCGGAGCUUCAUUCACUUCAUCAUUGACUCCACCCCGUCCUGCGAUACCCACCUACGGAAUCGAUCGCCCUGGAGCUACACCUCCAAGAAAAGCUGCAUUCCCUAGGAGACUUCAAUAUGAGUAUCACGGUCGACGUGGUUCAGGUCCUCGAGAGCCGCCUCGCUUGGGUCUCACGUGGUACAAUACCGUACCCGACACCGCGAAGGCCUUAGCGGUGCGCUAUUAUACCCCUGAAAGAUCCAAGCGACGCGACUAG